AUGGGUAAAAAUAUAUCUCCAGAGGCACUGAGUGGAAUCUUCGGCCUCUCUCUUUUCACAUGGAUUCUACCCAUCCUGAAACUUGGAUUUCGGAAAACUCUCGCAAUUGAUGACCUUUAUGCUAUUGAUGGAGAAAUGGCCUCAGAGUAUUUGGGGCAUAAAACUCAACGAGAAUGGGAUAGAAUGACCGAUUCAGUCGAGACACCCGGCAAGCUUAGAAAGGGGACAUUGAUCUGGAUUAUUUCUAAGACCUUGAACACAUCACUCUUUGUGCCAGUUCUCCCACGACUUUUCUUGACUGGGUUCACAUUCUCCCAGCCGUUUCUCGUCAACAGGAUGAUCAGAUAUCUGCAAAAUAGUCAUGAAGAGAGUCCGUCUAAUGGUUAUGGGCUGCUUGGAGCAUACGCGCUAGUAUACAUUGGAAUUGCAAUUGCAAAUGGGUGGUAUCAGCGCCUCACCAACAGAUGGAUCAUCAUGACCAGGGGCAGUCUGAUCACUCUCAUCUAUAAUAAGACUUUGACAAUGAGUAGCACUGACGACGAGCGACUCGCAUGCACAGGUCUUACCCUCCUGGUUUCCAAGUACAUAGGCGAACGGCAGCGAGUUUGGAUACAGGCUAGCCAGAAACGAGUGAAUGCGACUGCCAACAUGCUAGGAUGGAUCAAAGAAAUCAAGAUGUUGGGUCUAGAGUCCCGCUUCCGAAGCAUUCUGGAGUCUUUCAGAGACCAGGAAUUAAAGGUAUCAAAGGCCUACAGACAUCUAACGUUGAUAUCUAUCGUUCUUUCUUACUCCACCUCAAUCUUAUCGCCUAUUGCGGUCUUCGCCAUCUAUACAACAAUCGCUAAUAGAGAUCACGAGUCUCUGGAUAUAUCUAGAAUGUUUACAGCGUUGACUCUGAUCAGCCUGCUUGGAACUCCUCUUAUAACCUUGUUUCAAUUUCUUCCAUCCUUGCAAUCGGCAUUAUCUUGCUUUCAGAGGAUACAAGUGUUUGUUGAGUGUGCACCUCGUGACGAUUAUAGGGCACUCAUUCAACCGGAGCCUCAUGGCAAUUCAAGCUCCAGUACCUUGAUAUCUCAUGAGAAGUCUAGCGAUAUUGCUUCUACUUUCGCGUCGGCGAGUCCUGAUACGGAUGCAAUUGUGAUCCAUGAUGCGAGUAUUGCUUGGCUUCAGGGAAAAGUUGCCAUUCUACACAACAUCAGUCUGAGGGUUGCCCAUGGCAAGCUACUGAUGGUUGUCGGCCCAGUGGGAAGUGGGAAGUCCCUUCUCAUGAAAGCUAUGCUUGGUGAAGUGGCAAUUCUAAAAGGUUGCAUAAGUUUGUCGGAUCAAAUUGGAUAUUGUGAUCAAACUCCCUGGCUGAGAAACACGAGCGUGCGGCAAAACAUCAUUGCACCAUUGCCCUUUGAUGAAGCAUGGUAUUCCACCGUGCUUCAUGCUUGUGCGAUAGAUAAGGAUAUUGAAAGAUUCGCCAAUGGAGAUUUACAUGCUGCUGGCAGCGGGGGGAUAAAUUUGAGUGGAGGGCAAAAGCAACGUAUCGCCUUAGCACGCGCAAUAUACGCCAGACGCAGGCUACUGAUAUUAGAUGAUGUCUUCAGUGGCAUUGACAAAGAGACAGAGGGACUUAUCUUUCAUCGUCUUUGGGGAUCCGACGGUCUUCUUCGACGACUACAAGCGACAGUUGUUUUGGCAACUCACGCUACACACAGACUUCGGUAUUCGGACCAGAUCUUUGUUUUAAGCGCCAAGGGGGUGCCGCUAGAGCAAGGCACUUUGGAUGAACUUAUCGCAUCAAAUGGCUACAUCGCCUCUGUUUGCAGCAGCUCGGAGAGCAAGGGCCAAGACUCACAAGAACUCGAAGAAGAUACAAUUGCCUACAAGACGAAAGAGGAAAACAAUGUUGUCGUGGCAGUGCAGCCUAUGAAUGACGCCAAGCAUGGGAUAUCACAUCAAGCAAAAGACCGCGCUAUUUAUGGGUAUUAUUACAAGGCUAUUGGAGCUAUGCACUGUUCAAUAUUCGCAAUGACAGCCGUUGCUUUCGGCGUUUUCUUGAAAAUUCCAGGUAUUUCACUAUUUCACACUGCACUUGAUGUCCAGGUUUACGACGAGUUCCGGGAAAAGGCUACAUACACGCUUGCUGAACUCUGUGCUAGGCGACCGCUAUAUACCCUGUGGGCUCUGCAAGCGUGGCUAGGCGUUGUUCUAGAUUUGACAGUCGCAGGUUUGGCUCUUAUCGUUGUUGGACUUGCUGUAGGCCUAAGAGACAAGGUGCAUUCUGCAUCUCUUGGAGUUGCGCUGCUUAACUUGACGAAUUUGGGGGAGACGAUAAAAAAUGUGCUUACGGAGUGGACAGCCCUCGAGAACUCCAUGGGAGCAAUAUCAAGGCUUGAAAGCUUUGAACGAGAAACCCCUUCCGAAAAUCUCGCCGGUGAGGUUCAACAGCCUCCAGCUAAUUGGCCGAGUGUGGGACGCGUCGAGUUUAAAGCCGUGAAAGCAUCUUACCGGCAAGAUUCGACCUUGGCUCUAGACGACAUUUCACUAUCAAUUGAAGCAGGUCAAAAGAUUGCAGUUUGCGGUCCAAGUGGCAGUGGCAAAUCAUCCAUCGUUGUUGCCCUUCUGGGGAUGCUUGAGCUUUCUCAAGGCAGCAUAAGUAUUGAUGGCAUCGAUCUGUCCACAAUUUCCCGUCACGAAAUCCGCUCACGUCUCAGCUCUGUGACUCAAGAGCCGUGUUAUUUUCCUGGCACAUUUCGCCUUAACUUAGACCAAGCAAACUCCAUCUCAGAAGAAAGAAUCAUCGCAAUUCUACACAAACUAGAAUUGUGGGCAAAAAUCCAACAAGAAGGCGGAUUAGAUGCACAGCUUUGUUUUGAUGCCUUUUCCCACGGGCAGAAACAGCUGUUUUGUCUAGCUAGGGCAAUUUUGAAACCCUCAAAGAUCUUGAUCCUUGACGAGGCUACAAGCAGCGUCGAUAAAGAGACUGCUGAAACGAUGGAACGAGUGAUUGCCGAGGAAUGCCAGGAGCACACAAUCAUUGCAAUCAUCCAUCGACUUGAAUCUAUCAAAUACUAUGAUAGAAUCAUUAAUCUAGACAAUGGAAAACGAUUAGCUGAAGGCACAUAG